GCGUACCUGCCGGAGUAUUUUAACUACCUCCGAGUGUGCAUAUCGCAUCAGUUUCGUCAUUCGAUCGAGAGCAGUCCGUGUAAAGUGUACCAACGACGAAAAAAGCCAUGCAUUAUUGGCCGGUGAAUAUGGAAGCGUUGAAAUGUAAAACCAAGAAACCAACUUCCACGAAUCCUGCCACCCCGGAGAGCCUAGCUGAACUGGCACUGGGAGCAUAUGUUUCUCGACUUGCAACCGAAUCCAAGGAAAACUCAACCGUAGAAGUUGAAUAUCUGCCAACCCGCUUUAUCAUUGAUGCCUUGGAAAUGAUGUGUGAGUACCCGAAGCUAGUGAACAUUCAGCGUCAAUUGUUAACCAAUCCAUGGGUUAUCAGCAGAAUUCUAAAGGACGGAAGCAAUAAUCAAACCAAACUAGUGAAGUGUUUCCAAUGGUUGGAAGUGUUGCAAAGAAGUAUUGUUAGUGACAUGGUAGCAAAUUAUUGCUAUCAAUUUCGAAAGACAACCAUUCAAGAUGAUUCACACCCGCUCGGAUAUGAAGCAAGCUUGAGGCUGGGCACAUUUUUGUCGGAAAGUGGCUGGCAUACAGAAGCUGUCAAGGUACUCAACGUGGCUAGACAUCAAGCAGAGCACCGCCCAUUGCAGCAGCUCAAAGCCAUGCGACCGCAAUUAAUUUCACAGACCUACAUGUGGCAUACUACUGCUUUUGACACCAGCAUGGCCAUUUUAACGCUCAUUACGAGCAAUCCAGACCUUCCGAAACCCUUCGUAGCGAGCCUGUAUCUAGCUAUUUCGAUUUGCCGCUUUGAAAGCUACAGCUUUGAACUGAGCCAUGAAUUCGCUUUGAAAGCAUUCGAACUGUUAGAUGAGGAAACAUCUACGAAUCGUUUGAUUAUUGAAGUCUUCGCGCAUUUGGCUAAAACAUGCAUUCCACAGAAGAAAACCCGUGAAGCUAAAUUAAUGAUAACGCAAGCUGUUAGUCGAGCUUGGCACAAGUUUGGUUCACCAAGUGUCAUAUACGCAAGAGCACUCGAAGACUACGCUUUCUAUCUGGUGAUGAUGAACGCCCUGUACGACAGCUAUACAGUGUUCUCGGAAGCAGUUAACGUACUGCUGCAGGUGUACGGUCCCCAGAAUCUCCAGCGUUCGGUGACGAAGGGAAAUCUGAGCUUUGAUUACUACUUCAACUGCGUAUACAUCUACAGCGAUUUGCAACUGGCGAAAGAGUACGUUCGUUCGCAAAUUGAGCUGAAUGUGUUCGACCAUCGAAUGGUGGCGGCUGCGAAGCAAGUAUACGCCCUACUGGAAGCUAGCACCGCGCGCUUCGGAGAAAACGAUGAGGAUUGCAACCGCCAGCGUGACGAGUAUCAGCCGAUACAGACGCAGCUGUCGGUUGCGACGGUUAAACGGCUGUUUCGUGAAUUGAAAUAGAAAUUAAGUUUUGCAAUCGAUUAUGAUACGGAAUUGUAAUUUUAAUUAAAGAUUUGAUGUGCAAUGAUUUUUAUAAAACAGUUAUUUUAAUUGAAAAAGAUAAAAAAAAUAUUUAUGGCAUGUUUGCAAUCAGUGGAAAAUUAUUUGCAUAAUGAUCGAUUUGUCGUAAACGUUAUUUACCAGAAAUAAAACCAUUUAUAAAUAAAUAU